AUGUUUGAAGGCCUGACGUCAGCAUUACAGCGCACUGGCUCCCAGCAGCCAGACGAAGCUGGAGGCCUCUCAUCCUGGACCGCUGUCUCCAAUUAUCUGUCAGAGGUGGCCACAGAGGCUGCGUUUGACCUCCCGCCGCUGCAGAGGGACGCAGGCCUGAUGCGCAUGUGCCAUGUCUUGGCAGAGCUGUGUCACUUUGCAUAUGUCAGCAAAGCCAGUGACAUCGGCUCCACCACCAGCGUGGCUGUCCCCCUCAUGGGCCUCAGCCAGCGAGCGGCUGUCUCGGCAAAAUUGGUACACUUCAGGGAAGCUGUGAUGGGGCAUGAGCUGGAUUGCCCACAGCAAUUUGGCAUCUGGGAGGUGGCGGGCCUGGGCCUUGUGGUGGCGUUCAGAGGCACUGCCUCCGCUGAGGACGUGUUCAUCGACACCAACAUCGAGCCAGUACCCCUUGAUGCCACUGGAGGAAGUAGAGGACGCAGCGUGGUCAAGGUGCACCGUGGCUUCUACGAGGGAGCAAAGCGCCACCUGGACGAGAUCGCGGCAGUGGUGUCGGAGAGGGACAGCGCAGCUUCCCGGCGGCUGCCGGUGUGGGUGACUGGCCACUCGCUCGGCGGCGGCUACGCCAAUGCCCUCGUGCUGCACCUGCUCGCCAACCGGGCCACCGCGCAGCUCUUCGGCGCAGGCGGGGGCACGGUGACAUUCGGGGCGCCGAUGGUGGUGCACUCAGAGGCGCCCGAGCGGCUGUUCCGGCAGCUGGCGACAAUGGAGCGGUGGGCCGAGGCGUCCGGCGGGGCGGCCGCGCCGCAGCUGCAGUUCCACAACCUAGUCAACAACGCCGAUGUGGUGCCGCGCCUGCUGGGCACCAGCCUCGACAUGCUGCACGCCGUCAUGGAGAGCUAUGUGCCGCUCAUCAAGAGUGUGAGGGCGAAGGCAGCCAACUACCACUCUUUCGGCACCUACCAUUUCAUUGUGGGAAGUCGAGUGCGCACGCCGUUACAUGGACGUCUAUCAGCUGGCAGCCAGCCAGAGGCCUCGACGUCCGCGCCAGUGUACCAGGGCGGGGUGGGGGACGUUGCGUAUGCGCAGGAGGUUGCCAAACAGCUGAACAGCAGCAGGAUCCUGCAGACCUUCUUUGCAAGCAACGGCAGGGGAGGAGGGGUGACGCAUCAUUCCAUCAAGUCCUACCAGGAGAAGCUGGUCACCUACUUGGAUCAGCUGGCCCUGCAGCCGCGGCCGCUCGGCUCCGCGCCGCGCGAUUCGCCGCCUGUGAUUCCAGAAGACCCAUGCAGCCUGUUCAGGCUCUCCCCAGCCACAGACGACAGCGGCGGGCACGCCGUUCUAGACGAGCUCGGCCGCUCUGCAGGGAAGCUGGGGGCGGCGGCAGCCACAGAGUUUGGCGCGCUGGCAGCGAGGAGCAUAGUGGCCAGGGCGCAAUCCUACUGGACAUCCACCGCUACCACCCGCACAGCCAGCGGAUCAGUCACCACAACAGUCACCGAGCAGCACGAGGCAGUUGCGGCUGCAGGCGCGUCCGGUGCAGCAGCCGGCAGCGGCUGGGUGUCCAGCAUAAGCUCCUGGCUGGGCAGCAGCGCUACUAGCGUGCCUGAUCAGGCGCAGAGUGAGGGUGGCAGGCGCCGGGGUGUGGCCAGUGGAGCGCCAAGAGGCCGAGGCCGCGGGUGCGGCCGCGCGGGCAGUCAGGACUUGUAG